CGUUAAGUUUCUUCUAAAUUUAUUGUCCGCAUUAUCUCUCUAUUUUGGUCUUCUCUGCUAUGAGUUCAUUUCUGAAAACGUCUCUAUUUAUUUGUUCAACUUUCUAUUUAUUCCUUCCACCCUGUAAAACUUGGAAUUUCUAUGUAUAGAUUGUUUUCCCUUAUAAAUUUGGUUGUCAAACGUAAUGUUUGACAAAAUGUACAGUUUGUUAUGUAUAUAAUGUCCUCCAGGUUUGAAGACUCUUUGAAUACACAGGCUAGUUCGUUUCAGCUUUGUAAUCUUUCAACGUUUCUGGAAAAUAUAGAUUCGUUUAUUCCGUCUGUAGUGUAUUUUGAUUUUAAAGAAUCUUUCUUUCCAAAAAAUUGUUGAAGUUAAGUUUCUUGAAAAUUUCCGGAAAAUAUCUGUUCGUUUCUUCCGUCUGUAGUCUAUUUUGAUUUUAAAGACUCUCUCUUUCUAGAAAAAACUUUGUUGAAGUUAAGUUUCUUGAAAAUUUCCGUUCUUUUACGCAUUUAUUUUCGCUUGACAAGCUUUUUCCAGCUUUUACGGCUGGUCUUCUGCAUACUCGGCCUCUUUUUUCAUCCAAUUAGGUUUUUUUCUGGAAAUUUCGGUGUGCUUCGGUAUUAUUUUCCCCUUUCGACAAACUGAAAGCAAAAUUCUUGUUCGACGCAAAUGAAGAAAGCUUACCACGAAUCAAGUUUGUAAAUUUGCGCUGAAAAUCUGGCUGCUGGCUAACUUCUUCGAGGCAUGAAUUCAGAUGAUGGAAAACUACAUCUAAAUCUCUUGGAGAAAAGUUUGUUGAAGCUGUCGAGGAAUUCUACAUCAUGCAUAAACAACUGUUGGAGGAAUUGACCUUGACAAUUACAUCUUAAUUAUUGAAGGAAUUAUUUGAAUCCUCCAAAAAGUAAAAUUCCCUUAUUCUCUUCUCUUAGUCCUCUACAACCCUGCAAGCUGUGUUCUUCCACUAGUUGUGAAUGGGCUUAGUCUAACUCAGAAAACAAUAGCUGAAUGUUCAUUGGAAAUUCAGCAGAGCAAGAAGGUAGUAUUUAAAUUUCAUGGAAGAAAAUUGCACGGGGGCGGAAGACGCUAAAAGAGAUAGCCAAUAUCCUAACACAAUUAGGGAAUCUGCCUCUGAGUCCUCAUCAAGUUCUACAGCUCCAACAGCAGGUCCUGUAAAUUUUUGUAGCAUCCAUUCAUCUGGGAAGAUUGCAGAAUCGACAUCAACUAUAUCUCAAGGGCUCUGCAUUCCAGUCAACCCCCGGUCAAGGCAGAUUAUGAAGGCCAGAUCAUCUCGACCACCUUUGCAGCCUCUUUCAAUCAAAAGGAGGUAUUUGGAAGAAUGGCCUGAAGCGGGAUCUGAUGACAUUGGAGAAUCAACACAGUGUACAACACAUGGGAGUAAAAAAGAUGUAAGGAAGCUACUAGAUGGUUCAGAUAGCAGAAUUGAGUUGGGAUCACUUCACAGGGAUGCUAAGCCAACAGAGUUUAAGCUAGAAAGGGAUAAAUUUGCAUUCUCUAAUAAGGAAUGUUCAAGAAUUACUGAGCACAUCUAUCUGGGCAGUGAUGUAGCAGCCAAAAACAGAGAGAUUCUCCGUCAAAAUGGUAUAACUCAUAUUCUUAAUUGUGUGGGUUUUGUAUGUCUCGAGUAUUUCAAGACAGAUUUACUAUACAAGACAUUGUGGCUACAAGACAAGCCCUUGGAAGAUAUAACAAGCAUACUGUAUGAUGUGUUUGAUUAUUUUGAGGAGGUAAGAGAACAAGGAUGGAGAGUGUUUGUGCAUUGUUUCAAGGGAAUUUCUCGAUCAAGCUCCCUGGUAAUUGCAUAUCUCAUGUGGAGUAAAGGUCUGAGCUUUGUAGACGCAUUUCUGUUUGUGAAAGCAGCUCGAGGUAUCACAAAUCCCAACAUAGGCUUUCUUAGCCAGUUAUCAGAGUACCAGAAGAGAAUGCAUGCUACGCCACUGAACCCAAAAUCUCUGCCAAGGAUGUACAGAAUGGCUCCAUAUUCUUCAUAUGCUCCACUACAUUUGGUUCCAAAAUCAGUUGAUCAUCCCGCUCCAGAUGCAUUGGACUCUAGAGGUGCUUUUAUUGUACACAUGCCAUCUACAAUUUAUGUCUGGAUUGGAAACAGUUGCAACCUUUUCAUGAAAAGGAAGGCAGAGACUGCUGCUUUGCAACUUGUAAGGUAUGAGAAAGCUCAGGAUUCAAUUGUUGUUAUAAGAGAAGGGCAUGAAGAGGAUGAAUUCAUGGAUACCCUUUCAAAAGCGCCUCAUUUAUCAGAUGACUAUCACAUAUCGGAGACUAAAACAUCAGGGAAUAAUUUGCAGGGAUCUUGCUCGGGUAAAAUUCAUGUUGAUCCAGCAAGCGGGGAUAGAUUUAGUGUUGCAUACAAGAGGGUAGAAUCAUAUAAUCUAGAUUUUGAAAUUUUUGGAAGAGCAAUAGAACGAGGUGUUAUGCCUCCAUUUUCAUUCUCAGGACCAGAAACCGAAAUACAUCUUCCAGAAAGAGAAAUUGGGUGGAGUAUAUCGCCAUCCAAAUUUGUUUCUGGUAAUGUGAAAGACCUUGUUACAUUCAACAAAACAGGAAGUGACAUGUUUGCUUCAGAAUUGGAUGCACAAAAUGAUGACAAAGCUGCUCACAUGGAGACAGAACUUUUGUUUUCAGGUACUUCAAAAUCUUAAUUUUCUCCUAAUCAUUCUCAUGCCUCAAUAACUUCAGAUUCUAGAACUAACUCAAAGUCUUUUUCAUUGUUUCUUCUUUCA